AUGAGGGAAUUCGUCUUUGAGAAUUGCGACUUCCCUCUCAUGACUUGUUACUUUGACCUGCCGAAUGUAGAUAUAUUCAAAUACUCAGGACAUAUUAUAUGCCUUGAAUUCGACAGAUUGAAUAAGGUCAUUAAAGAAGUAUACUUGGACUUUGCCGUAGAGCGUGAAUAUGAUGAACCAACCCACUCAACCAAUGCAGAGGGAGAGAUUCUUUGCGGUUACCUCAAUAAUCUUCGAUCUGCUAGGACCUUAACGGUGUGUCCCUAUCUCCUUCAGGCGACUCCAGAAGCUGUACGAACGAGGAUGCAUCUGAAAGAAUAUGAGGGAAUAAGGCUCCUUCUCAAUAAUUGCCCAAACUUGGAAACACUAACUUUCGAUAUUCUUCCUCCAAGCCAUUUCAUGACGUCUUUGACAUAUGCGGGCAUUGAUCCAAAAACAUAUUGGCUUCAGAACGUAACUUAUAAGUGUUUGAGNGAGACACUUAAGGCCGUGGUGGUUAAGAACUUUGGUGGAGGCUCUAACGAGUUAAAUGUGUUGAAGUAUUUGAUUAGGUCUGGUCGUGGAGUUGGGGCUGUAUUGGAAAGAGUUGACCUUUACGUGCAAAUGGGUUAG